UAUCCGUUGAAGAUGCGUCAGUCCCGGCUAGGCAGCAACGGGAUAAAGGAUGAAUUACUAAGAACCUGUGAAAAGUAGAUUUGCCAUGAAGUGUACACUCUCAACAUUGAUCGCUGUUUUCCUGGCUGUUGGACCUAGAGACACAGACGCGGGAUGUUUAGGAGCAGGAACAGGAGCAGGAUCAUGCCCAGCAGCUCCAUUCAGGGCGGAUGCCGCGGAUAUUGAUCACAAGAGCGGAUGUCCACAGUGGUCUGAAUGUUGCACAGAAUACGGGUAUUGUCAUCCCAAGUCAAGUUGGGAGGCGGAGUACUUCCGAGACUGCAACGGAGUAAGUAAUGGUAUUGAUCUACCUUUAGAAACUAUUCAAGCAGAGGCAAUCUGUUCUGGGGAGGUUCUACCAGAGGAAGAAGCAGAAGACGCAGCAGCAUUACCUGCAUAUGAGGAGCCUCUGCCCCCUCCACCACCCAGGCAAGGCCCUGUUGGAGGCGUAGGAGGCGUUGGAGGAACUGGAUGGGCUGGACCUGAUCACAACCCAGCUUGGGACGGUCCUAGUGGAGGUGGAGGUGGUAAUGGAGAUGGCAGUGGAAAUGGUGGUGGAAACGGAAAUGGCAGAGGUGGAAGAACAGGCCCUGUUGGAGGUGUAGGCGGUGUUGGAGGAACAGGAUGGGCUGGACCUGAUCACAACCCAGCUUGGGACGGUCCUAGUGGAGGUGGAGGUGGCAAUGGAGGAGGAAACGGAAAUGGUGGAGGUAACGGAAAUGGCAGGGAUGGAAGAACAGGCCCUGUUGGAGGUGUAGGAGGUGUUGGAGGAACUGGAUGGGCUGGACCGAAUCACAACCCAGCUUGGGACGGUCCUAGUGGAGGUGGAGGUGGUAAUGGAGGAGGAAAUGGAAAUGUUGGUGGAAGCGGGAAUGGAAGAGGUGGAAGAACAGGCCCUGUUGGAGGAGUAGGAGGCGUUGGAGGAGCUGGAUGGGCUGGACCUGAUCACAACUCUGCUUGGGAUGGACCCAGUGGUGAUGGAGGUGGUAAUGGAGAAGGAAAUGGAAAUGGAGGAGGAAAUGACAAAGGAAGAGGAGGAAAAAAUGGUCCUGUAGGAGGUGUUGGAGGAGUUGGUGGCAUAGGAGGAACAGGUUGGGCUGGACCUAAUUAUAAUCCGGCCUGGGAUGGACCCAAUGGAGGUGUAGGGAGGAAUGGUGGAGGAAAUGGUAAUGGUGCUGGAAAUGGAAGUGCUAGAGAAGGAAGAACUGGACCUACUGGAGAUGUCGGAGGUGUCGGAGGUGUUGGAGGUGAUGGACCAGAUCAUAAUCCAGCUUGGGAUGGCCCAAGUGGAGGAAAUGGAGGAAACGGAAAAGGAGGAAAAAACGGUAACGGAGGACGUUCUGGAAAGUCUGGCUCUCUUGGAGGAGAAGGUGGAGUUGGAAAAGUUGGAGGAGUUGGUGGUGUUGGAGGAGUCGGAGGCUUUGGAGGUGUUGGAGGAGUCGGAGGCGUUGGAGGAGUUGGGCCUGAUGGACCCGGUCAUAAUUCUGCUUGGGACGGACCAAAUGGUCAAAACAGCUCGGGAGGAUCAACUCUAGCUAAAUCUGGAAAUAAAUCUUUUAGGCAAGGAAAGAAAUCCGCAAGUUUGGUAAAAGCGCCCCAGGAAGGAAAAACCGGUUCCGCGGUUUGGACCGUAGAGCAGUGGCUCAAGAGAGGAUGA